AAUUGCUAGCUUUAAUGAAACUAAGUCUGCUUCCUACUUGUACUUAAUAAAUACGUAUCCUCAUAUUUUUUGGUCGCAAAAAUGACAAGCUAGAAAAUAGGUUUUGUUUGCGAGAGUCCGAUGUCAUCGAUCACGGCUCGCCGACUGCGUCAGUGGAGCGUCCGCGCGCCCUGAGUUCAGUGCCGACUGAAGACUACUACACCAACCAAUUUAGGAAUGCGUAUCGAGACACAGCGUUCAUCAUGAGUUGGCAGAUAGUGCUAUGCUUGAGCGCGGCAUUAGUGGCUGCCACAAACCUGGCGCAGAACACUCUGGAAGACGACUUGCAGGCUUUGCCUGGAAACGAGCCUCUUAUACCUCCAGCCGAAAUUACAGGUAUUAUAAAUGAACAAAUGGGUGCCAUAAAUUUAAUCGGAAAUUCUGAAGAAAAUGAAAUCAUUGGCGAAACUACAACUGAAGAACCAGAAGACACUACUACUACCCAGGAGCCUACUACCACAAAACAAGGCACUACCGAAAAAACCAAGAGUAUAACUGAGGAUCCCUCUAAUGUAUCACAAAAGCUGACAAUAACAGAUAAUAAAGUUUCACCUGAAUCUGGACCAGAGGUUGGAUCCAACGGAGGCGAUGAAGGAAAUAUAGAAGGUGAUGGCGACGAGAAUAACGAAGUGGGUGGUGGUGGUGGGGACCAGGAAGAGGGCGGCAGUGGGGAUCACAAUGUGGGUGGUGGCGGGGAUCAAGAAGCGGGCGAUGGUGGAGAUCAAGAAGUAGGUGGAAGUGGCAAUCAAGAAGCAGGUGGAGGUGGGGAUCCAGAUGUAGGCGGAGGAGAGGGUGGCGGUAGUAAUCAGGAAGAGGACUGCGGCGGCGGGUGUACGGAAGAGAUUGGCGGUGCCCACCCCGAUGCGGUUGGCGAGGCUGGUGGCGGUGGUGGCGCAGGAGACAAUAAUGAUCCAGAAGCAAUUAGUGCUCAGAGUCAUCAAAAUAUAGAAGAUGAGGUAAUUUGCGAAGGCGUACAUGCAGAAGACGUAACUAUUGAGACAACGACUGGGCAAGUCCAGGGAAAUUGUUGGAAAGAUAAGCCCGAUAUAAUUAGCUACAUCGAUAUACCAUAUGGAAGCUUUAAUAUGUUUGAGGAUCCAGUUCCGCCUAAAAAACUCGACAGUAUUCAUGAACAGAAAGUCCAUGAAAAGCGAUGUCCGCAGAUGGAAGGCAAUACAUAUGUCGGACACAAGGAGUGUUUGACGUUGAGUAUAUUUAAACCAUUGGAAGCAACGGAUGCCAGUGUCCUUUUCCACAUUCAUGAAGGAUAUUUUAGUAUGGGAAGCGGAAAUCCAGCUAUUUAUGGUCCUGAACAUUUAGUGUUAAAAGGUGUUAUUCUAAUUUUACCAAAUUAUAGAUUAGGACCACUCGGAUUUCUGUGUUUGCAUAAUACUACUGCUCGAGGAAAUGCAGCGUUAAAAGACCUUACACUAGCAUUAAAUUGGGUACAUGAUAAUAUAAAGAAAUUUGGUGGAAAUCCAGCAAAAAUUGCCGUGAGUGGAGAUGGAACUGCAGGAGCUUUAGCGGGAUAUUUAGCUUUGUCUCCAAUAUCUAAGAAUUAUGUUAGCAAAGUCAUCGCAGAAAGCGGUUCGGUAUUGUCUCAUUGGGCAAUUGACAGAACACCCAUGGUUAUUGCAGCAUCGCUAGCACGAGCCAUUGGAGAAUUUGAGUCCUGGACAGAUGUAGAGAUAGAUACAGUUAUAAGAGCCGGAAGAGACCUUACUUUUAGGCCUUGUAUAGAAAGAAACAUGAGUGAUGUGAAAAAUUUCAUGUUGGCAACACCGUGGGAAAUGAUAGAGAAUCAAGAAUUUGCAACAGCUUUUAUAAUAGGAUCUGCACAAUACGCAGGCGUUCAUGACUUUAUUAAUGACAACACUAUAACUAUACAAGGAUUCCUGCAGGACAUUGGGCGCUUGAUACCUAAUGAUUUGAAAUUUCAAAAUAUAAAUGAAAGGAACUCCGUAGCAGAGCAAAUAAAAAAUCAGUAUUUCAACGAGUCUGUUACUAUAGGCGACGUGCAAAAGCUUGCUACAUACUUUACAGAUUUUGCAUAUCUUAGUCCCAGUAUCAGAACAGCGCGAAGUUUGGUCAAUUCAGGAGCGACAGUUUUUUUCUAUGAAUUUUCAUUUGUUGGCGGUCUUAAUAGAGAAUUACUUGCUCUUGAAAAGCCUCAACAAGAGGCUAUAAAAGGGGCAAUUAAAAGGGACCUAGUCGGAUAUCUAUUUAUGAGCGAAGAUCAUGACGAAAGUAAUGUUCCAGCAAAAGAUCAGCGCAUGGUUGACCAACUAACUGAUUUGUGGAUUAGUUUUCUUAAACACGGACAACCAAGUGUCAACAUGAGAUCAUUCGUACAAACAACCGAAAAAAAUAUAAUGCAAUGGAACAAGUUUGAGAACACAACGGAUUCGAACGAGGAAUGGUUGUCGAUAGGUGAUCCGAUAGCCUUAAGGAAAGGCUUGCACGUGGAGCGGCUGCGGCUCUGGACCGAAGUAUACGAUAAGCACUUCAUCGAGCACAGCCUGGCCUCCGGGUUCACACCCAGCGUGUACACCGUGCUUGUUCUGCAGGUUGUCUUCCUGCUCAGCUUCUUUAGGAAUGCCUCACAUUUUAUUCACUAAUGGGUAAAACCCUUACUUAAAUGUUUAACAAAUUAGGAAAUGCCAUGUACUUUACAAUGUAUCAGAGUGGUUUAUUUGAAAUUAAAAUGGACACACUAA